GAACAAGCGCCCCUGGACUCGUGGGCUUCAUCCUCCCUCCCAGGAGCAGGAAUUCCUGGCAGGAGGUGCCUAUCCCUGCGCCCCAGUGUGUCCGGAGCCGCGUGGAUCCGGCCCUGCUGCGCACAACGCGGUACGUGGGCUGCUACGAGGACAGCCCGCGCCGGCGCACGCUGCGCGGCGUCUCCUUCUUCGACUACAAGAAGAUGACGGUGUUCCGUUGCCAGGACAACUGCGCCGAGCGGGGCUACCUGUACGCGGGGCUGGAGUUCGGCGCCGAGUGCUACUGCGGCCACAAGAUCCAGGCGGGCAACGUGAGCGAGGCCGAGUGCGCCAUGGCGUGCAAGGGCUUCAAGGGCGAGCGGGACCACUGGCGCAGCGGACGCACCAUCUGCGUGAAGACGCACGAGAGCGGCCAGAAGGAGAUCGAGUCCUUCGACGCCGCCAUCCUGCUCAUCCGCAACCCCUACAAGGCGCUCAUGGCCGAGUUCAACCGCAAGUACGGCGGGCACAUCGGCUUCGCCGCGCACGCGCACUGGCAGGGCAAAGAGUGGCCGGAGUUCGUGCGCACCUACGCGCCGUGGUGGGCCGCGCACACGCUGGACUGGCUGCGCUUCGGCCGCAACGUGCUCGUGGUGCACUUCGAGGACCUCAAGCGCGACCUGUUCGCGCAGCUGCAGCGCAUGGUGGGGCUGCUGGGCAUCGCGGCGCGCGAGGACCGGCUGCUCUGCGUCGAGGGCCAGAAGGACGGCAACUUCAAGCGCUCGGGGCUGCGCAAGCUCGAGUACGACCCCUACACGCCCGAGAUGCGCGCCCUCAUCGGCAGCUACAUCAAGUCGGUGGACGCGGCUCUGCGGCUGCGCAACCUCUCCGGCGUUCCGGACGAUUAUUCCCCGAGGUGA